AUGGCAACCGCGCUUUUUGUCAUUGACAUCCAGAACGAUCUGGCAACCGAUCCAAACACCAAGAUCCCCCACUCCGACCGGAUUAAAACAGCCAGCGGCUGGAUCCUAUCUAGCGCGCGGGCGGCCUUAGAAAGCAACACUCCGGGUGGUAGCCGACCAUCGCUUAUCGUGUUCGUCCAGCAUGAAGAAUCGCCCGAAAGCGGGCCGCUAGUCCGAGGUAGCGAGCCAUGGAAGUUGGUCUUUGAGCCACGUGCGGGAGUGGCGAAAGAGCGUUUGGUUGCAAAGUCAGCCCGUAGCACCUUCGAGUCAAACCCCAAUCUUGCCUCUGAGCUCCGGGCUGUUGGUGUGAAGGAGAUCGUUGCCUUUGGGAUCCAGAGUGAAUGUUGUGUUGAAUCUACUUGCAAUAGCGCGCUUGAGGCUGGGUUCGGCGUCACGGUGUUGUCCGGCGCUCAUUCGACCUACGACGACAGCGGCAAGUCCGCCGUGGAUAUUGAGCGGGAGGUUGAAGAACGGCUGAAGACCAAGGGAGCGAAGAUUGUCCCCUGGGAGAAUGCCAUCGCCGGAUGGGAGUAA